AUGUUCAACGUAUCAAAUAGUAACAUGCAGGAUAAACUGAGGACUGCGUUGAGUACUAGGGAUUGCAGUAGUGAAUUUGGUGAGUGUGCUAUAGUUGCUGAUACAGAAAAAGAGUAUGUUAAGCAAUAUAAAACCACUAGGGAAAGAAAAUUAGCCUUCUUUAUCCUUGGCCUUUUAAGUAUAUGCGGAUUGAGAUCGUUUCUAGUGGGGAAGAUGGCGUUUUGCCCACCGAAGUUAAUCGGGUAUGAAGUACAAGAUAACAAGUUUAUUUACGUAAAUCCGUUCAGUGAUUUUGAUAUGAAUGCGUUGUUAGAGCAAAACAAUAUAGGAGUAGAUUACAAAACAAUAACUGAUGGUUCGAAUGAAGUAGCAUCUCUAAUGAUAUAUAAAAAACCAUUAGAUUUAAAUAAGCAAACAAUACUAUUUUCUCAUGGAAAUAAUACAGAUAUGGGUUAUAUGUUCCCUUCGUAUUUAAAUAUAGUAUUUCAAUCAGAUGUUAAUGUGGUUGCAUAUGAUUAUAGUGGAUAUGGUCAUAGUAAUAAGACACCUAGUGAAACAAAUAUUUAUAAGAAUAUAAAAAUGGUGUAUGAUUAUAUAACAAAAGAAAAGAAAAUCAAUCCGUUAAAUAUUAUAUUAUAUGGAUAUAGUAUAGGUACAUGUAGUAGUAGUUAUUUGAUGAGUUUAAAAAAUAUAAAAGUUGGUGGAUGUAUUCUGCAUUCUCCUCUUGCAAGUGGAAUCAAAUUAUUAUUUCCAUUUCAAAAAAAAAACUUACCAUGGUUAGAUGUAUUUAAAAAUUCAGAGCGGCUUAAAAAAGUAUCACUUCUACCAGUUUAUAUUAUGCAUGGAAAGAGAGAUAAAGAUAUUCCUUAUUAUCAUUCUGUCAUUUUAUUAGAUACCUUAAAAAAAAAUUUUCUAAAACAAAAGAAGAGGAAGAAAACUUCGUCCAAUUGCAGAGCGGAUGAUAUUGAUGAAUUGUCAUUAAUAAAGUUUUGGGGAGUUGAAAAUUCAGAUCAUCAUGAUAUUGAAAUUAGGAAUGCUACUGAUUUUUAUCGGAACCUGAGGGACUUUCUAAUGCUUUGUAAGAGGUACAACCAAACGCGAUCCCUAACCCAACAAGCCAUCUAA